AUGAAGCUGAAUUUCAUAGUUGUUCUCGUAUUUUCCUUCAUUUUUUUGGCAAUGGGUGUUGGCUAUAAAAUUCGUAAAAUGGAAAAAUGUGCUGGAAAUAACAAGCAUAUUUCAGUUGAAAAAUGUUUCGUCAUUGAUGAAACUUUGUUAAAUUUAAAAAUAAAUGUGAUUGUAGGUUUAGACUAUUCUCUGUUUAAAUUGAGCGUUUUUAAGAAAAAUAAUGACGGAGAGUUUAAAGAAUUGUUUAAAAAUUUACCAGCACUGAAUUGGUGCAAAGUCAUGGACGGAACAUCAAAAUAUGCAUCAAACUUUCUCAUGAAGAUUGUAAUGGUGCUUUACAAGACAAAAUUUCCAGAAUUUUUUCAGCGUUGUCCAUUUGGUCCGAUGGUUGUUGAAAAAAUUAAUAUGACGAUUGAAAAUAAGUUGAUUGUAAUGAUGCCAACUGGACUUUAUCGAAUUACUUUUACAUUUAAAUAUAAGAAUGGAGAAAUGAUGUUUGACCAAUCGUUUUUAAUUGAAAUUUUGUGA